GCUACCCUCACACUCGAAACUAUACACAACAUUUACACAAUGUUACCUGCUAAAUACCAGCCUGUUUUGCAUGAUGAUGACUGCAACUUAUGGCAGAAGGAGCCAAUCAGACAGAAUUUCAAGAGCCUUGAAGAAAUACGCCUUUCAAGGAAGCAAGUUGAAUCUAUGCUUCAAGACACCAUCAGUGUGAUCAAGGAAGAUCCAUCUUGGUGUGUCCUGAUCAGUUCUUGGUGCCUUGUCACCAUUGGUACCAUCCCAUCUUUGGAUGAUACCCCUUCGCUAUUUAUGUUACGAGAGGGCCUAGAUAGGAUCCUCCAAAAAGAGCUUCAUCCUCAACCCAAGGCAUCCCAGGUUUUGAUGGAUAUGGAUUCUGAUAGCGAGGAUAAUUCUUCUGAGUGGGAAGAUUCACCAUCUGUUGUUGUGAAGCAGGCUGAGUCCCAUGAUGUUUCCAAGCCUCACAAAUCAAAGCUUCAUAAGUUUUGGCUGUUUCUGAUAUUUAAAUUAAUGUUGAUUGAUUUAGAAUUCACUGCCAAUGAUGCACCCAUCAAGUGCAGAGAGUGGGCAGAGGCUAUUCAGUUGUAUUUUUUCAAAUACCAGGACUUAACUCCAACUCAGCUUCAGCUUGCAGAAGCAAAGGCAGUUGACACUCUCGUUACGAUCCGCCUGAUAGGGGCUUCUACAUAUCAAUCUAAAUUUUGGCCAAUUGAGGUCAAGAAAUCUUCCCUCUACCAGCUACUCUGCACAAUCUGUGCACCAGAUACUGUGCUUGAGCUAUCUGCUGAUCAUCUUGCAGCAAGUUCAUGUAAAUAUCAAUGGGCAGCAAGUUUUGGUCUAAUUUUGCAUCAAUGGACCAAUUCAAGUGCUUUCAGAGACCCUCCACCAGAGCCCAAGUCCCUGAAAAAUACUGGUGGGCGGUUUCUUGGUAAGCUGGUUAUGGAAUGGCUCGAUAAUAUUGAUCAGCAAGGUAGAGCCAUUCCUGCUGCCAGUCAACCUUCAUGUCGUGAGGCAUUUGGGAGGGAUACUAAAGUUCCAGAGCAGCUUCAGAAGAAUAUUUCUUCUGAACAUCAGAGACGUAACCCAUCCCGCUCUGUUCGAGACUCUGCUCCUCCACAGUCUGAAUCUCCACCACCUCCUCCUUCCAUUCCAGAUUCUUCUCACUCCACUUCCUACACUCGCUCAUCUUGUGAUCAAUGCUCAGCUCUACCUUCUUCUGAACACUGUGUCUUGCUUCUUAAUGUUAAAAGACGGACUGAUGUCCAAGACCUGUUUGGAUCCUUGGUCACCUGUGCCCCUUCUGAUGACUGUCUUCCCCUUAAUCUCAAGGAGGGUCAAGCAGAUGACCCUCACUAUGUGCACCCUCACAAUGAUUUGCAUCUGCAAUGUAUGGCAUUCCAUCCUGAAGUAUAUGCUUGCUGCAAGCGCGACAUUGUACAAAUGAUUGAUGUUGAAACUGGUAAAUGUGUUGGAGGUGUUAUCUUUAAUGCCUUCAAUGAUGCCAGCCUUCAAGAGAUGUGUGAAAAUCACAAAGCUAUUGUACACAAUCCUAGUGUACAACAAGGUGAGGUUUUUCAGAAAUGGGCUUACACAGGUAAAAUGGUGCCUGUUGGAUCACGGCUAGCCAAGGGUGGCCGUCGUGGUGAUGGGUAUAGCACAUACCCCCUUUUAUGUGGUGACUCUGAAGAGCAUAUUCAUGCUAUAUUUCGUCAUGCACGUGAUGCUGGUGCACUUCUUCAAAGUGUGAAUGGUGCCAAUAUUUUCUACUGCUCCAAUUAUCUUAGCCCUCAGCACUUUGACCAUGAUGCCUCCUGGUCCAUUUGUUCUCAAUUGGACAAGGCAGGAACUGCUGAUGAGUGGAACUUUUGUUACACUGAAUGGGGUGCAUACAUUCAAACUCGAGCAAAUACAGUUUGGUGGUUUGAUUCCAGCCACCUUCAUGGCACCAUGGCACCAGCUGCCUCUGUUAUUCAGCAAGCAAAGCACCUUCGUGGAGGUGCCUUGUCUACAGGAAACCAUCUUACUGCAAGGAAAAGGGAUAUGCUAAGGGCUCGUGCAAUUGCAGACAUGCGUAGGCGAGUUGCACAAAGGGAGCAGUGGUGGGAAGAUGUUGUUAUAUGA